GCCUCUGGUUUGAAUGAAGUGGCCAUGCCUAGCUCCCUUCUGUGGGCUGUGGAUGUACAUGGGAGAGUUUAUAGUCUCUCUACGGCCGGACAAUACUGGGAAUUGUGCAAAGAUGGAAGAUUACAGUUUAAGAGACUGGCAGCUGUCAAGCAGUGCUGUUGGGGAAUUGCAUGCGACCAUCAGAUCUACGUCUUUGUCCAUUCAAACGAUGUCCCAAUCCGUUACCAAGAAGAGACCUACGAAAAUCAGCGCUGGAAUCCUGUGGAUGGUUUUAGUAACCGCCUUCUACCCAGUGACCGCUGGCAAUGGAGCAAUGUUACAGGGUUGAUCCACCAACCACUGGAUGAAUUUAAACUUGUGUCACAACACUGGGAGUGGGAAUCUGACUGGCAUGUGGAUGAAAACAUUGGAGGAGAGCCAACAGAAAAAGGGGGUUGGACAUAUGCCAUUGAUUUUCCUGCCACUUACACAAAAGACAAGCGGUGGAACUCUUGCGUACGUCGGCGGCGAUGGAUCCGAUACAGAAGAUACAAGUCGUGCGACAUAUGGGCAAAGGUUCCCUCACAAGAGACUGGGCAACUGCCAGAUCCCUUUAAUGAUAUUGCAGUAGGAGGAUGGGAAAUCACCGAUGAGCCUUUAGGGCAUCUUUCAGUCUGGGCAGUUACAGUACAAGGAAAGGUGUUUUAUAGAGAAAAUAUAAAUGAUCAGAAUCCUGAGGGUUCAUCGUGGACUGAAAUACAGACUCCUGGGGAAGUAGUUCAGAUCACCUGUGGACCAAAUGACCUUUUGUGUGCUGUGUUAUGGGAAGGUCAGCUAAUUGUGAGGGAAGGAGUAAACAGAGAGAACCCGAAAGGGAAUUCUUGGAAGAUUGUUGAACCACCAAGCUCUGAAAAUGGUCUUGUUCAGGCCUCAGUGGGCGUUAAUGUGCUAUGGGCUAUCACACGGGACAGAAGAGUUUGGUUUCGAAGAGGUGUCUGUUCCGAAAACCCUGUGGGAACAGGAUGGAUUUGUAUGAAUGUAGAAAUGGUGAUGCUGAAUGUGGGAUUAAAUGAUCAGGUAUGGGGAAUUAGGUAUGAAGAUCGUAAUAUCUACUUUCGUCACGGAGUGACACCUACUGAAUAUAGUGGAAAGGCUUGGAAAGUAAUCGUAGUGAACAGAGAGUAUGACCGAGCUUCUCAUACUGGCAGUGCUACCAGUCUUGCAAGCGCUGGCUGUUUUUUUGGUGAUGAAGUUAGAUUACUGUCCCAAGCUUCCACGAGCAGCGAAGUCGAUUUCCCCUCAGAAAUGGACAAACUGGCAAAGAAAACUGAAAGCAUUCUUGAAACAAUUGGUGAGAGUGCAAUUUGUCCUCAUGCCAGUGGAGACGGAGACAUUGCUUCCGGUCCUGCCAUCGAGAAGAAAUGUGCCGAUGUUGAGAGUGUAUUUGAGACCAUCCCUUUAAUGGAAGCAUCUUCAGAAAAAUGGACGCAGUCCGUUGCUCAACCUUGUGUUGCCCGAUCUCAAUAUUUGACAGACCAUGGGGGUGCUCUGCGGGAUGGUGCUGAAUUGGUCAUCGCAUGCUCAGACUCAAACACAAUGACCUCUGAUCUGGCUGAAACAUCCAGUGUUUCUUCCGUAGGCACCUAUCCUUUUGGAAUUGAAGAGCAUUACGUGUCUGAUGAGCACCCACUCUGGGCCUGGCUCAGUGGAGGAGGUUGCGAUGUCGGAGUUCACACCCAGCUGAACUGGUUCACCACCCAGUCAGGACAGCUAUUCUCUCUGCAGUCAUUCUCGAUGCCCAUGAGCUGUGCCCAGCAGACAGUUUGGCGAAAGCAGAUAGUUCAUCAAUUAACUGAGCGGUCCAAACGGGAGCUGGAGGAUUUUAAGCAUUAUGAGGAAGCAGUAGAGCAGUCCGUAUGGAUAAAGAAGGGAGCAAUGCAGUGGUGGAGAGAUGGAAAGCCCCAGAAAUGGAUAGACGUCAGGGUAGCACUGGAACAGUUUACAGGGAAUGACGGGAAAAGGGAUGGGAUCUUUUUCAUUUACUACACAUUCAAUGAUGAGAAGAAGUACCUUCACGUGUUUUCAAAUGAAGUUACAAUUUUGGUUACGAUUGCUAAUGAAACAAAACACUUGUUUGCUAUUUAUACUGCUGAGAGGACGAAACAGAGAUGGCCAAUCAGGCUGGCAACAGCUACAGAGCAAGAAAUGUAUGAUUGGCUUGCUGUCCUGAGUUUAGCAUGCUGUGAUAGCAGGGGACUCCAAGGACCCCCAUCUAACCAGGCCCUUUGGUCCAUCACGUGUAAAGGAGACAUCUUCGUCAGUGAGCCAACCCCAAAUCUGGAAGCAGCACAACAUCCUACGCCAAGUGACCAAUUGUACUGGCGUCAGAUUGGAGGACAUCUCCGUUUGGUUGAAUGCAACAGCCAAGGAAUUGUAUGGGGCAUUGGAUAUGAUCACACAGCCUGGGUUUAUACAGGUGGAUAUGGAGGUGGCUUCUUUCAAGGACUGGCUAGCAGUACAGAUAAUAUUUAUACGCAGUCAGAUGUAAUGUGUGUUUACAUCUAUGAAAACCAACGUUGGAAUCCUGUUACCGGAUACAGUAGUCGGGGACUGCCAACUGACAGAUACAUGUGGAGCGAUGCAUCAGGUCUGCAAGAAUGUACCAAGGCGCACACCAAACCUCCUUCACAAUGCACCUGGGUUUCUGAUUGGUAUAUUGAUUUCAAUGCCCCAGGAGGGACUGAUCGGGAAGGAUGGCAAUAUGCAGCUGACUUCCCUGCCUCUUACCAUGGAAAGAAGACAAUAAAAGAUUUUGUUCGACGCAAACGAUGGGCAAGAAAAUGCAAAAUAGUUACAACGGGUCCCUGGUUUGAGGUUGCACCCAUCGCUCUCCGGGACAUUUCGCUGAUCCCAUGUGUGUCACAGAAGGCAGACGAUGCAUCAGCAUUGUGGGCCAUUAGCAAUAAAGGAGACGUCUUGUGUAGGCUGGGAGUAACAAAGCAAAAUGCUUUAGGUGUUUCAUGGCUGCACAUCGGUACAGAUCAACCGUUUGUAUCAAUCUCUAUUGGGGCCUAUUACCAGGUUUGGGCCAUUGCUAGGGAUGGAGCAGCUUUCUACCGUGGUUCUGUCUCCCCACAAAACUCCACAGGUGACUGUUGGUACCACAUUCCUCCCCCUCCCAAACAGAAGCUGACACAAGUGUCUGUGGGCCAGACAUCUGUGUAUACAGUGGAUGAAAAUGGUAAUUUAUGGUUUCGCCAAGGUAUUGCACCAAGUUAUCCUCAAGGAUCGUGCUGGCAGCAUGUUUCUACCAAUGUUCGCAAAGUGUCCGUAGGUCCUCUUGAUCAGGUUUGGAUAGUUGCCGAUAAAGUUCAGGGCAGUCACAGCUUAAGCUGUGGUACAGUGUGCCAUCGAAUGGGUGUCCAGCCACGAGAGCCUAUUGGUAGCAGUUGGGACUAUGGCAUCGGAGGUGGUUGGGACCACAUUACAAUCAGAGCAAACUCUGUGGAAUCUUCUCAUAAUCCUGUUCCUAAGGUACCGGAUAACACACCAGUGAAAUUACCUAAUCAGGAUGGAACUGUCGGUGAUAAUUCCAGAAGCAGUUUAAUGGUCAACGAACAACAGGAAUUUAAUGGAAGUGCUGUUAAUUACUGACAGUUUAUACCAGAAGUGUUAUAUUUUCUGUUUGGUGUUGUUAUCAGUUUGGAUAACUACUAAUCUUCUUUCCCAGAUCAAUCUCAGACUCGUCCCUUUCUUAAAUCAAUUCGGCUUAUGCUACCAAGGAUGGGCCAAAUGCAAACUAAAUCAGGUUUGGACUACUGAAUCUAGACACGUUCAACUGUCAGAAACAAUAUCAAAUACACCUCCAUACAUCUAGUGCCAUUUACAAUGGGAAUCCAAUACAGUUUAUUUUGCAAAUAAUGGCAGUCUAAUUGGUUGGCUAAAAUUGUAUUGUAUGUCCUCAACUCGCCCAUUGUUUUAUACCACUAAUUUGAAAAAAUGCAUCUUGCAAUGAAACAGUUUGUACUGCCUCAACUAUUCACUGCCAUUUUAUGUUGUCUUGAUUCCUGUUUUGGCAAAGUAAAUGUUUGGUUCCAAGGAUUUUUAGACUGUAUCUGAACAUAACUGAGAAUCAGUCCCAUCUUUAAAUAUUUGAUUGAACCCGAACAUGAUUGGCGAUAAAAAUGAGGCGCCAUGGCACCAGCUGUUGGUGUGAUGAUGGAUUGUUGAUUAGGAUAUGAUGGGAGGUUCCCAUGGAAAAUGAACUUUUGUAACAGUGUGAGAUAGGAUAAAUAUAUACCCAAAUGUUAUCUUAAUGUUUAUAUAACAGAAUAGAAAUAGGCCAUUCACCUAACUGGUCUAUAAUCAAUGAUUACACUCCACAAGAACCUCCUUCCUCCCUCACUACUUCAUCUCACCCUAUCAACAUAUUCUUCUAUUCCUUUCUCACACGUGUUUAUCUAGCUUCCCAUUAAAUGGUCUGCUAUUUAUCUCCAUUGGUGGCAAACUCCACAUUCUCACCACUCUCUAGGUAAAGAAAUUUCUCCAAAAUUCUCUAUUGAAUUUGUUGGAGAUUGCCUUACAUUUAUGACCCCCAGUUUUGGUUUCAGCUGCUGUAUUGACAAUUGGUUAUUAUAGGGAAACUGAAUUAACAGUGGUGAGGCCAUUUUUCUAUUUUCUCUGCCAAUUACUGUCCUGUCUUGAAGGUAUGAACCACUCUUGAGUUACAGUUUCACAGGCCCAAUGUCUUAUUUUUAACAACUCACCCCAGUUAGACCCUGGCCCGAAUUACAGUCCAUCCAAUUUUGCACCCAGCCCCAGUUACAACACCCACCAAUUUUUGCCUCGUCCCACCCCACCCCCCAUUUAAAACACUCCUCAUUUACA